CAAAUGCGCGAGCGCGCGCCAAGUUCGUCGCAUAUUGUGCACCGGUUCGGGAUCGACGGAGUUAUUCAACAAACAAGUCAGUUGCGAUGAAGAGAUCGAGUCUGAGUCAAAAAAUUGUUCUAAGAGUCAGCACAACUACUCUCAUAGAAGUUAUUAUAGUACUGCCCGAAGCUGGACGAGCUGGGUGUCAGGUGGACUUCACCUUCUUGGCCAGUAAGAGAAAGAUAUUUGAAUACGUGUAGAUGAUAAAUAUAAAGUGCAACUUUGUGGCGCGAGCAAGGCACGCUGUUGUAUGAGAAGAGAGGACGCUGCUGUUCAUGUAUGCAAGCAAGCACCCGAUAGCGCAGGGACGAUUGAACGUAGUGGUUUGCGAACGAGAAACACCAAAUCUGGCACUUCUACAGAAGGGUAUUUGCUAGGUUUAUCUUGUUCUUCCUUAUUUUUCGACAUUUUUGAGAUUGAUUUCUGUUCUUGUCGCAUAGUGUCCUUCUAGUGCUUCGCAUUGUGAUGCAUGAUUAUUUUGAAUCAUUACCUUCUCCUCUUCCUACUUGAGUACCCCUCUCCAAAACCCACUUACCCCGCUUUCCUGGUCUCCCUUCCCCACUAAAGUCGUUCGUAGUUCGGGUUUAGAGUAUGUUUGAAGUCAGGCUUAGGGCUUGGCUUGGGAGUGGACGCUCGGGUUGAAAUUCACACGAGACCGUAAAAAAAAGAUUACUGAGCAGCAGAAGGAGGUGGUUGCUGGUUUUUUACGAUGACAAAGAGCCAAACUUAUCAUUCAACUAGUACUUCUACAUUGAUUCUUCAUCUUUUCAUAAACUUUUUUCUGAUCGUUUUAUCCUUUCCGUCUUUAUCGUCAUCUGAUGCGAAAGAGCUAUCUUCUGGU